AUGGCGGUCCGGCGGUCCGCCCGUCUGCGCAAUCGCGAUAAAACCCCCAAUGCCGCGUCCGCGCGAGUCGAGGCGACCCCCAAGAGAAUUACCCAGUUGACUUCGCCAGUCAAGGGCACUACCCCUUCCAGAAUCCCGAGCGUUGCUACCCCGCUUAGGGCUACACCCGCGGCGACGAAGGGUCCCGGUGCAAAGACCCCCUCCACCGUCAUGGCGCGUCCCUCCCACCAGGAUAUGCACCCCAGCAAGGUCCACCAGAGCACCACUAAGCAGCCCGACUCCGGCUUGGUUUUGGGGUUCAAUCCCAUCAAGAAGGACGCCGAGGGCAACGUCGUCAAGGACACCGCGACUGAGAGCACUCCGACCAAGGCUAGAGAUUCCCCCGCGUCCGCAUACUAUGGUACCCCUGCGUUUGAGUUCAAGUUCGCCAGCCAAGAGGCCCAGCUGAGCGACGAGGCCAAGAAGCUCAUGGAGAGCGUGCGCCUGGACGCUGCGAAGAUCAAGGCGCAGAUGGUCAAGGAUCGGGCCAACGGCGCACAGGACAAACCCGAGCUCACCGAGAGAAAGAUCGUGCAGCCCAAGGGAAAGACCGACCGUUUCACCGAGGCUCACAUGGCCGAAUUCAAGAAGAUGGACUCCAUCGCCAACCAUCCUUCGGCCUUCCGUGCCGCUCCGGGUCGCUUCCAGCCGGUCAUCGAGAAGAAAGCUCUUAAGAGAUCCAACUCCAAGGCACGACUGGACGAGACCGACAGCAAGUCGCCUUCGCCUUCCAAGGUCUCCGUUGCACGGCCCUCUCCUGCUCCGGUUGCUGCUUCAGCUAAACGCGUCAAGCACAAUCAGACUGAUGACGCCUCGACCAGUCGUCUGCCUACUCUGAACAGCCCUAAGCCCGGUUUCACGCGUCCCAGGCACUCUUUCCGCAAGUCUUUGAUGACUCCGACCCGAGCCUCGGCGGCGCGUGCGUCGACCGUGAGACCUGCUCGCACUUCGAUGAUUCCCUCGUUGGUCCGCUCCCCAGCCCCCACGCAGCCAGAGAUUCCGCGCACGCCUCAGACCGACUUCAACCCCCGGCUGAAGAGCAACAUUCCCAAUUUCAGCCAACCCCGGUCGAUCCUCCGUCAACCCCACCAGCUGUUCUCCAAAGACCCCCUCAAGAUCGCGGCAGGCACCCAUGUGGCGGCUCCCGACUUCGGCUCGAACAUGCUGUUCGGCUCGUCUCGGGACGCCACCGAGGAACCGUCGCACACUCCCUCUCCCAAGAAGCGCGUCGAGUUCACUCCCUGCGUGAAGGAUGCUCCGGAGGAAACCGUGUUCUCGCCUUCCCCUUCGAAACUUCCCACUGCAAGUGCCUCUCGGGUGGUUUCUGAUAUUGUUUACCCGACUCUACCUACCUUGACCCCGGAGCACUCCCACAGCCCCAGCAAGAUCGGCAGCACCACCAAGAACAGCGAGGCGACCACACCUACUAUCCGCCAGGUGCGUCCUUCCGACGCCACUCCUCUGCCCGAGAUUGCCGGUGUGCCCCACGGUAUUGGUCACAAGAAACGCAACCGUCCUACCGCGGAGGAUGUUGAUGCCGAAAACGUGCCUCCAGCCGAUAGUGCGGGAGCGCGCAGCGCCAAGCGCCUCAAGAUGAGCGCGCCCUCGCCCUCGCCUGUUGCAGGUACCCCCACGCCCACCAAAGCGCGCUCCCACACUCCGCUCCGCUCUACAACCCGACCCUCGGCGGGACGCGCCAGCACCACCACCACCACCCCGGGCAGUGCUCGUGCUCGCGGCCGGGGCGUGCUGACCAUGAGCCGUCUGCACCUCCUGUCUCAGCCCAAGAGCCAUUCUUGA